GACUCAUUGCUUGCCACUGUAGUUAGUGUUCUAUUGGUUGGCAAUAUGGAAAUAUGCACACUAUCCCUUACUCCCCCCACAUCAUCACCCUAUCCCAUCAUCUCAGUGUUCUCUUUUCGUCUCCACAAUAUCAACAUAGUAUAUGACAUGUAUUAAAACACGGUUGAUGUACCCCGAAUCACGCCAAUCGUGCAUCCUCUAUCGUUGUAUUGUAAGCGAUUCCGAACCAGUUUGUAAACGUCACAAACGAACUUUAACAGAGCGAGUGAUAGGAAAUUUGCAAACCAGUUCAUUCAAAAGACACCAGUCAAGAAACUUCCCUGUAUCAUUUGUUUCAUCACUCACCCCAAGCAACCCUCCUGUUCGUUGCUACACUGUCAAAAUGAGGCAGGCAAAUGGUAAA